CCCCGUCUCGUGUCUGUCCAUUUCCGUUGUUCCUACGAGCCAUCUUGGUCGCGCCUGAGACAUCGGUCAUUUCGUCCGCCAAUUUCGCUAACCACGCAUCGAGGGAUAGAGCGCUCUUACGUUCAUCAGUAGUGAACAAAGUGAUCGGAGUUGACGUGUGCGUCCAGAAUGAGCACCCGAGUAUUCGUUGGUGGAUUAACGUACCGGGUGAGAGAGCGCGAUCUCGAGAAGUUCUUCCGGAAAUAUGGUAGAAUCAAGGAGGUCGCUAUGAAGAAUGGAUUUGCCUUUGUGGUAAGUCUAAUGUGGUUUAAUUGUUUUUUUUACAGUAUGGUAGGGACAAGAGUCUAUGUCGGUGGGCUUCCGUAUGGGACCAGGGAAAGAGACCUUGAGAGAUUUUUCAGAGGCUACGGUCGUUUUCGUGAUGUUCUCAUCAAGAAUGGUUACGGCUUUGUUGAAUUCGACGACUACAGAGACGCCGACGACGCGGUUUAUGAACUCAAUGGCAAGGAACUUCUAGGGGAAAGAAUUACUGUAGAGAGGGCCCGGGGGACACCUAGGGGUAGUGACCAGUGGCGCUAUGGUGACUCCCGUGGUGGUUAUGGGGACUCGAGGCGAUCUGCCCGAGACGAUAUGCGGCACGACAGAGAUAGUGUGAACAGAAACACGAGGACUGCAUCUAGCUACAAGCAAUCAUUGCCCAGAUAUGGACCACCAACACGGACAGAGUACCGUCUCACUGUGGAGAAUCUUUCAAGUCGUGUUAGUUGGCAGGAUUUGAAGGAUUAUAUGAGACAAGCUGGAGAAGUGACCUAUGCGGAUGCUCAUAAACAGCGGAGAAACGAAGGAGUCGUCGAGUUUGCCACAUAUUCGGACUUGAAGAAUGCUAUCGAUAAAUUGGACGACACCGAACUAAACGGACGCAGGAUUAGACUCAUCGAAGACAAGAGACGCGGCCGUCGUUCGAGGUCAUCUAGUUCGAGAUCACGCUCACGAUCUCGAUCAAGAUCUCGUCGUCGGUCGCGUUCCCGCUCAAGGUAUAAUCGUCGUUCUCGAUCCCGAUCAAGGAGUCGCCGCAGUUCCCGUAGUCGCAGUCGCCGCAGUAGCCGUUCCAAGUCCAGGGCACACUCAAAAUCUAAAUCCAAGUCAAAGUCCAAAUCGCCGGAGCGCAGCCGCUCACGUUCCAAAUCCAAAUCAAGAGACCGCUCAAAGUCGAAAUCUAAGUCAAAGUCCAAAUCCAGAUCUCGUUCUAGGUCCAAGGCUGAGAGGUCAAAGUCCAGGUCGCAGUCCAAAUCCAAAGCCAAGUCUCCCUCAAAGGAUAGAUCAAGCCGCGAACGCUCGCGAGGUGACCGAUCUAGAUCACGAUCGGGAAGCAAGCACAGCAAGAGCCGUAGUCGUUCCCGUUCACCUAUGAAUGGCGAUAAGUCACCGGAGAGCAGCAAGCAGAAAGCAGACUGAGUGAACAAGAUACAUUUUGACAUUUGGUGGAUUUCGAUUUAUAUUCAUGUAAUAUUGUAAAAAAUAAGUAAACUCUAUACUCGGAAGUACAUCUGUAAGUUAGAUUUCACGCUGUAAAAUGCUUCUUGAACCACUUUGUCCUUACUUUAUCGUGAAAGUUACAAUUUGUUGAAUUUUAUCUUUUUCAUUUUUGAGAAAGAAUUAAUUCUUGUGCUAAUACGUUUAUUUGUGUAUCCAAGUUUAUUACUUGUAAUAUUAAGUAAAGUAUAUUCGCACUUAAAUCCAUAUUUUAUGUAUCUACAGUUAUCAAGAAACGAAAUCUGGAAAGAAAUUUAACGGGAGUGGAAUUAUUAAAAAAUAAAAUAUUGGUUUGCUUUUAUAUAAAUUUUUUUAUUGAUAAUACGAUACCUUAUAUAGAGAAAUUUUCCACAUGUACCUACUGGGAAGUUUGUAACAUUAAGUUUUAUUAAAAUUCUUCGAGAUAUAUACAAGAAGUAAUCAGAAAAAGAAAAGAAUUCUUGUAAUUAUACGAAGAUAUUUUAUUGCUAUAUGAAGUAUGCCGAUAAUAUGUAGCUUUGCUCAAAACUAUGAACUAACAGUUAUAUCUGUGGUUCGAAAAGCAUCUAAGUGCGUGAAUUGUUUAAGUUGUAUCGUUGAAAUGAAUAAGAAUAAAGUAAAAAACCACAUGGCAUAAGUUGGUUUCAAUUAGCAAUGAUGUAGAUUCUUAAUAAGUCAGUUGUAUUAUCUCAGAGUUAGAGUUUCAAUACGAGAUAUAUUUAAAUAUUAACGGAUCUCCAUUUCUAUUUGUGUAAUGUAAAGAAAAAAAUGAACUUUAUAUCUGAAAAUAUAUAUGAAAAUUAGACCAA